AUGUUGCGAGCAGCGUCGAAUGCCCAACUCCGACCGGCCGUCCGAAAUUUGCAUAAAACGACGAAAGCGGUGGAUGCGAUGCCCGGGCUAGGAACCACACCGCCGGGAGGAAAAAUGCCAAUGAUCUCCGAUACCGGGAAAUUCCUUCUUGGCGCGGCUGCCGUGAGUACAGCCGGCUACUUUGGAUAUGGAUAUUUGAGGGGACAACAAUUGAGACAAUAUAGGCGUGACAUCUCCGCUCAUAAAGGCCCAAUUCCCGAGACUAAAGAGGCCAUCGAUUCGGCGAUGAAUAAAAGCAUCGUCCCACCAGCAAUCACAAUAAAGGAGCCACCGGCUGACAAAGCGGGAGAGGCCGAACAUCAAAUAGACGAAGAUCUGCCGACAUUGUUAGAGACCGGGGAGGAUUGG